AGUCAGACUCAUAAAUCCACCCUGAGGUCUACAUCCUCCAUAGGACGGAUAUAGGUUCUCUCAUGGGCGAAUUCCGAUUUAAUUUCGUGAUGGUUUAUCGCCGUUUCUGCGUAUUUUUGGCUUUUGCGACGUAACAGAUCAUAGAUAAAUUUUGGAUUCAACCUAUUUAUACAUACUUCUCACGUACCUACCGGGGCCCCAUGGGGAAGAAAGAGCAUUGAUAACGAGCGGCGAGAACGGGCGAUUAAGGGAAGAGGAAUGGGAUAUAGCUAAGACCUGAAUGGAUACUUAGGUGGUUACCUAAAUGUAGCACACAAGAGGGGUGGUGCUCGGGAGGGUGGCGGAAUUCCGGCUUGUUAAUAGGCCAAGAAAAGGUAAUUGUUAAUUACCUAGGUAGAUAUAAAUCGUGGAGCAACGGGUAUAUACCAGAUAUAUAAAAGCUGUGGUGCGCUUUGUAUAAUAACCGAGCACUAAGCUAUCUUCCCUUUCUUCUUUCUAACUACGACUACUCGCUGAGAACCCUCUUGAAUCUAACCACCUUCCUAAGAUUUGGCACAUCCAGCCUCAUCAAUAAAAGUAAAUUCAUCCUCGCUGAGCGCGACAGCUAAGAGCCUUUUCUCCCAAAAUGACGGUCACAAUGUUUGUCGGAUAUCCCACGGGUUCCAAUUUCGACAUGGACUAUUACUUAAACAAACACCUACCGACAGUAGGUUCAGUAUGGAAGCCUUUUGGAAUGGGUGCAUCGCGCGUCACGAUCGCGACGGAUUCAAAGGGUCCAUACCUCGCACUAGCCCAGAUCGAGUGGCCCAGCAUGGAAGCAGCCCAAAAAGCACAAACCGAAACACCGCCCGAGGUGCACAAAAAGAUGCUAGACGAUAUCAAGAACUACACGGACAUACAGCCGACAAUCUGGUUUAUGGAGAACAAGGACAUCGGGUCUUGAGCUUAGGUAUUUACGCAGCGUUGGUUCCAGAGCAAGGCUUAGGAUCAGAGAGGGCGUUUCAAUUAUCAUGAGCAAAUCAAGGACAUUGAGGUCUUCAAAGAUCGUUUGUAGCAAUCAUCUAUGUCAAUGGCGAACACUCUAUUGCUAUUUCUUAAAA